AUGUGCAGAACUUUAAUUGUUCAGAGAUUACCUUUCUCCUCCCCGCUGCCCUUCUCGUCAUCUUUUUCUUUCUUUAACAGGAAUGCGCCCCCUCUUCUUGCAGCAUCUUUGAUUCAUGCUGCAAUCAGUGAUAUGCUACAGACAGAUCUAAGUGAUUUUAAAAACCAGAAUGUGGAAGGUGAAGAAGGCGGAGACAGCGGGACAUUCCCCUUGCUGGAUGGAGAGCCUUUACAGCGCUGCUUCUUUAACAAACUUUGGGAUCGGUGCUGCAAAUGGCAGAAGCAGCUACCCCCUCUGAAACCACUGGAACGCUACCUCCAGAUUUCCACCCAUGCAACUCGUAACACCCGCCGGAAAAUGGAGGACAGGCACGUCUCUCUCCCAGAAUUUAAUCAACUUUUUGGCCUGACGGAUGGUGUUGACCGAGCGUACUUUGCUGUGUUUGAUGGUCAUGGUGGAAUCGAUGCUGCUAACUUUGCAGCUACCCAUUUACACGUAAAUCUGGCACAUCACGAGGAACUUCUGAAAAAUCCAGCGGAGGCCUUGAGAGACUCUGUCCAGAAAACAGACGAAAUGUUCCUUUCUAAAGCCAGGAGGGAGAAGCUGCGCAGUGGCAGCACAGCCGUAUCUGCCUUCAUUGUCGGGAACAAGUUACAUAUCGCCUGGCUUGGGGACUCCCAAGUCAUGCUGGUGCAGCAAGGGAAAGCUGUAACCCUGAUGGAACCUCAUAAACCAGAAAGAGAGGAUGAGAGGCAGCGCAUAGAGGCCCUGGGAGGUUGCGUAACCUUCAUGGACUGUUGGCGCGUCAAUGGAACCCUGGCUGUUUCCAGAGCUAUCGGUGACCUGCUGCAGAAGCCUUAUAUCUCUGGAGAUGCAGAUAGUGCAUCCUUUGAGCUGACAGGUUCUGAAGAUUAUGUGCUUCUAGCUUGUGAUGGAUUUUUUGAUGCCAUCCAGCCUUUUGAGGUGGUGGACCAUGUUCUGGAGCACUUAAUGAAAAGCAAAGGAGAUGGCCUCAAGACCGCAGAGAGGCUGGUGGCUGCGGCAAAAGAGAGUGGAUCCACUGACAACAUCACUGUCCUUGUGGUGUUUCUCAGGGAGCCCAAAGAUGUCAUGACCGACUGUCUCAGAGACCCCAAAAGCUGCUGUGCUGAGGAUGGUUCAGCCAGUUCACCCUUUAACUUUUUCAGCUCUGACGCGAACAAUUGAACUGGUAGCAGUCAAAGGGUGACUGCCAAAUCCAUUUAAAGCACAACAUUCAAAUAUAAAGCAAGCUUUAAAAACAAAACACCCACCUCCCAACUCUGGAAACCAAGGUUGUUGUGCAGUGGACAAAAUGCCAGAACGUAAGUGACCAGCACUUCUAAAACCUAGAUUCUUCCAUAACACAGGCCUGGGCCUGAGCUGUACAGCUGCAGGUUGAGGGAUCACAAGACUAAAUGAUCUUUACAAAAAUGGAAUUCCUAUAUCUAUGCAGGGGGGAAACCCUAUUAUAUCUGUGAGAAGGUAGGGUUCUAUCUCACCUUUUCUUUGCUUGCCAUUUUUCUGUAUGGAGGGAUACUGUUUUAUGGAGAAGCAUUCAAUUAGUCCAAAGUAUUUGCCAUACCAGAAAGAACUGGGUCUAAGGGAGCUUUGCAGCAUGUAGAAGUAAUUUUUAGGCUGCUCAUUCACAUCCCUGUAUCUUAGGAGAUGGUGAAAGUUAUAAGACCAAUACUUGGGACUCUCUGGAAUACAUUUAAAUAACAUCUGAUUUUUAAACCGCUGCAUUUAGAUAUUAUUUAAUUAAAAUAUAUGUGAAUAAGCUACCACCACCACCAAAGACAAAUUAACUGCUGUGGACAGAUUCAGUAUUAAAUGAAAUAGUCGAGACUGGAACAUGAACCAUCUUGUUUUGCCAUAAGGGCUGUGGCCCCUUCUCUCCCUUGCAGACCAAGGAAAAUAUUAGUAAGUAACAUCAGUAAUGUGUUAUUGAAGGUUGAGAGGAAAGGAGGAUUUGAUACCAAAAGGAAAACGAUCUGCCAAAAAAAAAAAAAAAAAAAAUCCUCUAACGUACCAAACUAGCUGCAUAGAAAACUCCCCUGUGGACUUGCCAUUUUAAAUUUCAUUAGUUUAGCUGAGGCCAUGUAAACAUGAACGGCUGCAGCCAAUUCACCAAACACCAUUUUGUGCAUGAGCCGCUUCCAUUCAACUAACUAUGCAAGGGAGCAGCGUUCAGUGGAUUUUGGGGUGGGGGGUUUGCCAGGGGUCUGUUCAGUGCUAUGUAUAAACAUGUUGUCAUCCAGUCUGGAAAAAAAUAUUGCCAUUAUGUACAUCUUAUGGUAAACCAUAUGUAGAAGUAAGUAUUUUAUUAUUUUUAUAUUAACCUGUGGCUGGGAACUUUUAAAAUAGUAUUAUAUUAUUUUGAGGAUUUUAUUUAACUUAAGUUUUCAAUGUAUAUAGGGCUUAUUUUGCCAGUAUAUUGAAAUUGGCUACUUUCAAGUGUCAUAUGCCUCCUGGCCAAGAUAAAAAGGAGCGUAUUUUAAUAACAUACUGUAUGGACCUUUUGUCUUAAUUUUAUAUGCUUUUUAAUAGGUGAUUUAUUUCAUUCAUUUAAAGCCAUCAUGAAGCACUUAACAAGUUUUUCUUUCUGUAUGCAGAAACAGGGGUGGUUCAGAAACCUUUCCAUUGUAAAAACACGUUUGGGAAACAUACUAUUUACAAUCUUUCACGAGGAGGUGUGUCUUUGAUCUAUGUAAUAUGAGCAGCUUACGUUUAGGCAGAUACCACCCGCUAGCACAGUUUUCCCGGUUCAACCCACCCAUGAUGCUGCCAACUCGUGCGCUUCCUUUGAGCUUGGCUCCGCUCAUUGCCCAGUUCCUGAAUUUCUUUCUCUCCAAAGUGAGCCCCAAUAUCCCAUCUGGAAGAAAAGCAUCAGUGUGGGGGGAAUAAUGUUCAGGAGGGAAAGUUCCAUCACCCCUUCUCUGUACACCCCUUUUGCUUUCAAAAUAGGAUCCUCCACCAGCAGCUGUCUCCUCACCUCACCGAGACUGACCUAGGCCAUAAACCAGCAGGUCUGCCCGUAUCAUAUGUGAUUUACACCUGAGUUCUGAAAGUUGGCCCGCAUCUUAGUAAUUUUAGUUUCAUCUGUAAAUUUAGACAAUUGCUUGGUGGGUGGUAAAACUGGUUGGACCAUGCUUGAUCCUAGUUUGUUCCAGUGUGUGCUAUGAUUUUUGAAUAAAUUGUAUGAACUGCUGUUCUGAAAAGCAGAAAGGAUGGCAUGUGUUGGAAGGAGAAGUGUCUCAAACUGAGGGGUUAGUUUUUCCGAGAGUUAAGAGUGCCAAUUUAUCAUAAAAAUAGCAAGUUAGCUUUUAAGACUUUUUGAAGAGAGGAAGAAUAGCUACUUGUUCUGGAAGUCUUUGUAUCCAAAGACACUAUCGUGUCUCAGAUUGCAUCCUAAGCAGACAGUAACCUCUUCAUAAACGUGGUAAAUAAUUCAGCAUAAAUUAAUAAUGUGUACAGCAGUUCCAGAUGGCAGUACCGUCUAUUUGUACUCUUCCCAUGUUUUCCUACUGCAUCUUUUGUCUUUCUCCUUACCAGAAAAAAGGCUGUUUUGGAGGCAGAAAUGAAAUAGAUGCACAUCGGCUUUUGACUUGCGGCACUAGGGGCUUCCAGCCUGUUUCUGCUGGGAUAUCGUUGCACAUGUUCCAUUGCAGGGAGAUAGAUUGUUACUGGGUAUGAAUGCCCGGUGUAGUAUCGCUGUCAGCUUGGGAUUAUUUUUGGUUGAGAAUGUGUAGCUUUUCAAGAAGCAGCUGGAUUGACCUCUACACCAAAACGAAAAGCAGAGCCAUCUAAGUCUGUUUUUUGUAGAGAAGUGGCACAUUGGAAGAUAGUUCAGAGGGGCUGCCAGAGAAUGUAAGGUGUGCCUUAAAGCCUUUUACAGUCCUUACAUCUGUAAAUACUGUGGCAUUUGUGAGCCGUCCCGAGGCUUCGGCGAAUGGGGCGGCAUAGAAGUUCCCCAAAUAAACAAAUAAAUUUACAAAACAGAAAAUGCAGGGAAACAAGCCAAACCAAAAAGUACCAUUUCUGUACAGACAGGUAAUGCCACGCAUAAACCUGCUACUGCAAGUUAGCUUCCCAACUCUGCUAAUGGCUUGAUACUGCGGGUUUGUUCUGCUAGGAUGACUAUUUGGUGGCUGGAUUGUGUUUUUCACAGCAGUGACAUGAAUAGUUGCCACUUAGUGGAAUUCAGGGGCGGGGUUAGACCUUUUCUUCUCCUCUGUGUUCCCAAAGCAAUUAGAAUCUUUCCUGUUCAAGCCCUACAACCUGCAGAAAGCAGGCAGCAACCCUGUUUGAAUUGGGCUUUCUCUUUGUAUCCCUGGCAAUUAGUUCAUCAGAGCAUGCCGUUUGCUUAGCAAGUUGGCCAAAGGGACGGUAUUUCUGCAGGGAAGGCAUUGCUGUAUGUUCGCUGAGACCUGAGUGGGUGGCAGGGGCUGGCUCGCUCUGUCAUCGUGCCAAUUCACGUCCAGCUCUUUGAGGAUGGCUCCUACUCUGACAGGGUAAUUACAUUUGAAUAUGAUUAAUUUAACAGAGAAUCUGAGGCUCCUUAGUUCAACUUUAUCACAGCGACACAGGCUUGUGGCAUGCCGAUCCCCUCUACGGAACCACGGUGCCUGUGAAGCGCAAGGAACUGCAGUGCUUGCCCUCUACAAUCUUGAAGGAUGCAGCCAGGCUUAAAGGCUUGGCUUCUUUGGGCGGCUGCCAACAAGCAUGGUCCAACCAGGGCAGGGGGGGGGGGGCAUCCCUGAAGUCCCUCGGCCCUUCUUGUCCCUCCUUAUUCCCGCCCACCUGCCAGUUCUCCCCCUCUUGGAGGCAGGUCAUGGGCAAAUGGCAGCAGGAACGAGAAGGGAAAGUCAUCUCUGCCCCCUUCUGCUCAUUUCCCUCCCCAUCCUUCUAGAAGGCAGUGAGGCAGCUGGGAUUCGAUCUGUGUGUGGGAGGGGAGCAUACCCCUCAUUGUGAUAGCCAGAUGGGGCAAGGAGUAUUUCACAGGAUAUGCGGUGCCUGCCUGUGUCCACGUGGCACCUUCCCAUGUGGUCCUUCCAGUAUCCCUUUCUUCUGUAGAAUCAAAUGAUUGCUAUUCUUUCCUGUGAACAGCAGCAAAGCAUCAUGCUUGUGUGACUGCUGGAGUGAUGCACCAGCAUCCCAAGUAUCUGGAUCAGGUCAGCAUUCCAGGUUUUGUCUCCGCCCCAGCACUCUUGCCACUUUGAGCCCAUUUGCUGCCUUAAACUAAACAACAGCUUAUCGGCUGGGGUGCAGUCGCGGAGGAAGCAAAAGUUGUUUCGGACAUUAGUAUUUCUGGCAGUGCAUCAAGACUCCAUUUUCUCUGGACUGUGAAAGCUAAUAAAUUUGUUAGCUGUUAAGGUGCCACAAGCUUGUUUUUGCUGCACAAGAUUAAUAUGAACAUCCCUCUGGAGUUACGCUGAUCCAGGGAUCUUCAGUUGUCUGCUGAUAGACUUGUUUGGAAACAUCCAUUGUCAUUUUCUCAAAGAAAUACUUGAUGAUCCCAUUAAGUGCCCAGUUUUACAAACAGUUCUUUAAAAGGCAGCGUUCAUCACUUGUUCUGCAUGUAUGCCUGAAGAAGAGGAUAACUUAAAACAUAUUUGUCUUAAUUAAGGCAAUUAAUUGUGUUGUAUUUUCAAAUGGGGAUUUCCUGGUACCAUACCUUUUGUGCCUUUCUGUAAAGGUGCAGCUUUCUCAAUGUAUGGCUCCCAUUACACUGUUUUUAAGAACUACUGACUCAUGUUUUGUCAAACAGCUUAGAGAAUUCUAAGAAGUUUGCAGGAUGUAGCAUUACUGAUUAAACUGAAGCUGACCCGCUCAGCAUGUUGGCACUGUCUGAAUCUUAGUUGCUCUUAUGUACCGUCAAGUUGUCUUUGACCUAUGGCGACCCCAUGAUUGAAAGCCCUCCAGAAAGUCCAGUCCAUGACAGCCCUGAGUCCAAGGCCGUGGCUGGCUUCCUUUAUGGGUUCAUUCCAUCUCAUAUCUGGUUGAAUCGAGUACAAGAAAACAUUUGAAAACAGAGUUUUCUGCUUCUUUUGCAGCUGUUACCUAUUCGAUUUGCCUAUUACACGUUUUUAAUGGUGACGCUUUUCCAUUUUUAAUUCUUGUUCAGUCAUGCCUGGAAUUGGCUGGCUAGGAAAAAGUUGGGGAAUCCUUUUUAUGUGGUUUUCAAGAACAGAAUUGUUUGUUAAAUUGCUCCAUGUAUUAAGACAUGCAGCUCUGAGUGAAGGCUUGGCAUAAAUGACCUAAUGAAUCCUUCCAAAGCGUAUGCUCCUGUGAAGUUGCAAAGGCGCUUGCAUGACUUAUAGGAGCCUUGCGCACUGAGGAUGACCCGUGGCUCAGUGGUAAAGCCCCUGUAUCAUACACAGAAGGUCUUACAUUCGGUCUGUGGCACUUCCACUUUGGACCCAUUUCAUCAAUAGCAAUGCAAGAGGCAGGCAUAAGAAUAGUUCCAUAUAUCCAGGGUCUCAUCUAGUGGUCCAGUAUUAUUUCUUAAUAGGAGAACCAUCUAAUGCUUCUGUUUUGCUCUAAUCCAUUGUGUCAAACAUGCAUUAUCUUAAACACUGGAAGUUUUAUUUGGGGAUGUAUAUUUAUACUACUACAAACAAUGCAUCUAGUGGAACUGCUACUAUUUAAUAUUAGGUGUUAAUAUCAGGAAUUCAUCUUUUCACUUUUCUCUGUUUCUUCGCCAGUUGCCUAACAGAAAAGAUGGCAUGUUACCCACGCACAAGAACUGCCCUCAGACUGUAUUACUGAUCUCUGCUGGGGUAUCAGUUAGACUAGGGGUACACAACCUUUUGUGCCCCAAGGUCUGCAGCCAGCAUUUCUUCCUUUCUCAAAACACCCUUUCUCUGCUAAACCUUUGGAAUAGGCCCUUCAUCCACUUAGUAGCUGAAAGAUGUGAAAGUGAAAUAAAGGCAUUUUCUUUCUUUCCAUCUUCCACCCUUUCUUCACAGUUUUAGUCUGUGAGCUCCCCAGGGCUAGAGGCCUGUUCCCUUCAAGUCUUAAAUCAGCAUGAACAUGGAUGACAAUAUAGUGAUAAGAAUGUUUGGCAAGUUUGUGCUCUUAAAACGUCCUACUUUAGAACACCGCGGAUAGGAUAGCAGGUUACAGAAUCUUAAGGAUAGCCAAGUGUACCAGUAAUCUGCACUCAUCUUUGUGCCAUCAAAUUCUGCAGCUCAUAUUCAGUAACAAGCACUUGCAUUGCUUAAAUUGCAACAUGCAGGCCGGUAGGUGAGGGACAAGACACAGGGGGGAGAUAAGGAAUAAAUCCAGGCACAGAAGGAAUAGAGCGGAACCUGUGGAAGCAUUAAGCAAGAACAGCCCCUUUGGGGUGCAAGUGUCUUUCAUGGUCUGUUUUAAGAUUAGGAACUUUUUGGGAAAAAGAGCAUAUUCUCAGGAAAGGAUUCUUCAUUUUGCAGCGUGUGGAUUGUAGAAAAUGCAAGGAACCUUGCCUGUGGGUAGUCAGUAGGUCAUCCAUGCUUCAGCGUAACUGAAGACGAUCAAAUAGCCAUGGUUACUAAUGCGACCAUCUUUCCAGCAAACAAUUUCUCCAGCAUUUGGCAUAUUAUAUAACUACCGAAGUACAGGCAGUAAUGUUCUACUUCUGUAACCACAUCUUUUUCUUUUUUUACAAGUUGUCAGUAUUAAUGAUGUUGCAAGGACUUAACUGUUGCUUUAUCGUGGCAUCAUUCCUUCAUUCUAGCUUAUUGCCUAAUCAACCUUACAAGAAACCCCACAGGCAAUUAUGUUUAGAAGGAAACUCUUAUCUGUGUCAUUUUAAAUAUUAUCCUAUUUAUUUUGAAAGUCAGUCUCCACAUAAAAAGACUGAAAUAGGGAGGGCUUUCAUAAGCUAUUACUCCGGCCAUUUAGCCAGUAUUUUUUUUUUUUUUUGAGGGGGGGUGCGUGUGUGCGCACAUGCCAAUUUAUGCUAUACAUGUGAACUGUAACCUUAUUGUUAAUCAUGAUUACAUACUUAUGCAGAUUGUACCUUCCUUGUGUACAUGGGGUUUUUUCUAAUGGUGGUUGUGUACAUUAUGCAAUAUCUCAUAUUUAUAUUGCACGAGGUUGAUUGGAUUUUGUGUGUUGAGAUUAUUUUUUCCAGUAUUUGCGCAGUGUGCCUCAUGUACCUGUUUGCAUACUGUAAGGAAGGCUGUGUGGAGAAACCACUAACUUAUAGGAUGUGAUGUUUUGGAGUGUUAAUAAAAUACUAAAGGAUUCA